GAUUACGACGACUUGUGAAAAUAAUCUUCUUUGCCUCUGAUUUUUAUUUUUUUUCCCCGCAGAAAAUAAACGUCAAUAAUGCCUUCAAGCUACAGCUCAUAGAUUACAUGUCAGAGAUGCUGCAUAGAAGAGACUCAGAAAUGGAAAACUUUCAGGUUGCUAGCUGCACCCUGGAUGCGAGUGCCAAGAUCUAUGCCUACCGUGUGGACAGUGUACACACAGAUGCCCUCAAAAUGGCUGGAGGGUUGGGCCAUUCCCAGGGAGAGAGAGGGAGUGAACACAAAGAUGAAGAUAUGGACCAACCAGGUGAUGAUGAAGAAAGGAAGGAAAAACGAAAAAGAAAAAAGAAGAAGUUAAUUAUUGAAGCCAAUGUCAAGAACUUGAAUGUGAAAGGAUUUGACUUGGACUUUGAAGUUGACCCACUCUUCAAAAAGAUGUCAGCACAGUUUGAUGAAGGACGCUCCACUAGUGGUCCCUUUCUUACCUCUCUUCAUUUUCUGGAUGAUUCGUGUGCCUUGAUAUUAGAUUCUGAAACGGUUCUCCUGAAUUCUGGCAAAGUGGAAGAUGACCCAAUGGAAAGCCAGCUUGUUUCAGUGCCUCAGCUUAUAGAUGCUGAUCAAAAGAUGAUUUGCCCAACUUUUGCUCCAUUUAAUUUUACAUCCUGGAAGUUGGGUGAUGAAGACUCCUUCUGUGACAUAUCAAGACUUAUGGGCAGCGACGAGGAUGAGGAUGAUUCAGAGCCAGCAGAUGUGCACAAGUUUGAUGUAAAUGCUAUUCCUGAACCUAUUUAUGAUGACAUGGAUUGUGAUGGUGAUUAUGACAUGGAUCCAUGUGGAGGCGAGGAGUGUGACACAGUGGUAACAGUGGGUCAAGGAGCUUGCCAGAAGGGACCCCCCCCCCUCAUGGAGGCUGUUCACCUCAAGGACCAUCUUGCCACCAAUCCCUCGGAGUACUCCUACUUUGACAGCCACCGCAUGUGUGCAUGGGCUGGGCCAGCACACUGGAAAAUACGGCCAUUAUCUAAAAGUAAGAUUGAAGAAACAAGAGGUGACAAGAAGAAAAGGAAAGAGCUCAUAAAGCUAAGUUACAGAGAUGGUGAUGAGAGCGACCAGCUGUUUGCAGUGAACAAGAAGGGCACCAAGCUGUCUCAGAUAACACUCAAAACAUGGACGAAGGAGAAGACCACCAUGCCUCUUGAUAUCCACUUUGAAGCCAGAAAUUUUUUUAAAUUAUUUGGACGCCCAGCCGUCAUCAUACAGAGGCAAAGAAAGGCAGCCACUGUCGAUGAGAGUGUCAAUGAGUAUAACUACGACAACCAGAAUGACCGAGAAAAUUUCUGUGCUCAGGAUGACAAUGUUAGUGUUUAUGGUGAAGCUUCAACUGCUGGGUAUGAUGUGACCGAUCUCUUCAGUGAAACUGCCAUCGGCUCUCAAACAACAGUGGGAGAUGACUUGGAAAACAAGACAUCAGAUUUUCUCGGCAAUUUGGUUGCAGCACCCGAUAAGGUUGAAAAAGUCAAUAUUGGUUAUGCAAGAACUGCAAAAAAAGUUGACAUGAAGAAGUUGAAAGCUGCAAUGUGGGACAUGCUCUCAGACCCUAUAAUGGAAAAAGAGAACUGCAGGCAAUUAGACAACCUGACUGAGCCCCACAUGAAAAAUAAGGAGGAUUCUAAUGGAAACAUUGACUUUUCAUCUCUGUACAAAGAGCUUCCUCAGAAAUUAUCAGCAUCCAUGUCUGGAAAUAUUUCAGUGCCUCUGGUAUUCAUAGGUCUUCUGCAUUUAGCUAAUGAACACUGCUUAAAGUUGUUAGAUAAAGGCAAUUUGACAGAUUUCACAAUUAUGCAAGGAUAAAUUUUACUCCUGUCAUGGUACCUGAUAUGGAUAGGGUGUGUGCUUGCAAAUCCUACACACCAUUCCAAAUUUCUAGAACUCAAAUCAGGAGAAAAAUCUACUCAUGAAAGCCCAUUGCUUUAAUUGUCCAAAUUCAUGCAAAUGUGAAAUUAUAAUCCUUUCAUAGCAGACUUCUUAAAACUUUUUAGCAUAGUAUUUCCUCAAAAUCUGAAGUGCUAUAAAUAAUAUGAAGAUAACUUGCAGACUGGCAGACUUAUAACAUAAUUAUCAAUUUUUUACAAAUAAAUAUUUCUUCCUCUGCUCAGUUUUUCAGAGUACAGUAAUAUCUCACAUCCAGUCAUAAAGUUAUCAAAAAUCAUUCGUUAGAUGCAAAUACAUAAACAGGUGGGGGAAAAUGUAAUAGGUGAAAAUGAAUUGGAUCAAACUCCUAAUUUGACCAUAUUUCACGUAUUAUAUAAGUUUUUAGUAUUAGUGUUAAUCAUAUAAUCAUACAUAGUCAUACGAAUAUAAAAUAGAGAUGAAAUAAUGUGGAUAACUCAAGUGUGACUGAUGAAUAAGGUGUGUGGGUGAGAUGAAAUAUGGUAUCUGAGGUGGAAAGGGAGGCUACUGAGCUGCUUUUCCUCUCUCCUCACUGCCAUCUUCACCUCCACCACCCUCCCUCUUCUACAGGCAAGGAGUAAACUACCACAAAGCACACGUUACAUGGAAAUUUAGGUUACUUGAAGUGGCAAGAGAUGGCUGUACAACCUAACAAUUUGUACAUAUGGCAAGGAAUGAGGUAGGAGACUAGGGCGAGGCAGUGUGAGGGGAGGGUGAACACUAAUGACAUCACUCACUCAGCCAAGGUGACCCCUGAUUUGAACCUUGCACCCCCUCCUCAUUGUUUUGCUAGAUUCACCCCCCCUCCAUUGGAUAAGAAUAGAUGUGGCCUCAUAAAUAUGAACCCAUUAGAUGCGAGAUCUUACUGUACUUUUUUUCCUGAUAAAAGUAACAAUCAGAUUGGUGUAUAGAAUUAAGGAACAGCCUAUAUGCAUAAUUGCUUCAAAAUAGUGUCAACAUAUUUUGCUUUUGGCAAAUUCACAUCAUUGCAAUGUUUCUAUAAUAGUUUCCUUCUUACACUCUAUCAUCUCUUUCUCACUAGUGUUCAAAGAUUAGGUAGUAAGGUAAAGUUGGGGCCUUAUGCUUAGCUGUUCAUGGCCUCAGUGCACAUCUCUGUCACUCUGUCCCUUUGUGGUGGGUAAGAACCCAUUACCCAUGGACACAGGACCAGUGUGACAUCUGGGUUACAACAGCUAACCCCCUACCAGGUUUCCCCAGGUAGGCUACCCAUUUAUCAAUCAACCCAAAAGGAACGAUGAACAGCUCAGUUAGAUGCAUGCCAACUACCCGGGUUGGGAUUCAGACCGGGGUCCGUGGAUUCGUAGAGAUUACUGCCUAUAUAAUGAGGAUCACACUCUUGAAUGGUACUUUUGAUUUUUUGUUUUACUGUAAUUUUCAAGAUUAAAAAAUUAAAUUUAAAUGCUUUCUAACUAUGUUCUAAAUCUGAAAAUUGUAAUGUUUACAGUGAUCAUCUUCAUUAUUGUCAUUUUAGUCAUAAAUAGACAGGAUGGACAAACAUUUUCAAAACUGAUAAAACUGGUACAGAGGUGAUAUUUUUUUCCUUACUAUAAUAGCAGGAAGUUUGUAAUAUUCUUGAUUUCUCUAUGAACUUAUAAAUAUACAGUAUUUUUUGUCA